AUGCCGAGGAGAUAUCACUCCUAUACUCCUCUAAAAGUCUCGCUAGUGGACGUAUACAGAGAAAUCUGUAAUACUGAAAAGUUGCCGCCUCCUAGACCCAUCAAAAACAAAAAGGGAGGAAGUCGCGACGACUACUGUGAGUACCAUAAGAUGUAUGGCCACUCAACAAAUGAUUGCUACGACCUUAAAAAUGUGAUAGAAAGGUUGGCCAGGGAAGGCCGACUUAAUAGAUAUCUCAUGGAAAGGUCAGAGAAUCCUGAAAAAAGAAAGCGAGAUGAUGAAGACAGAAUAGACCCACCACCACAGACCCCCGAGAGACACAUACAUAUGAUCUCUGGAGGAUUCGCAGGAGGGCGGCUCACUAAAUCAUCUCGCAAAAGACACCUGAAGCGAGUUUAUCAAGUUGGAAACGAAUCUCCCGAUCUCCCAACCAUCUCGUUCACCAAAGAGGACGGGAAGGGGAUCAUGCCUGGGCAUGACAACCCGGUGGUGAUAACCAUGAUCUUGGCAAAUGCCAACCUCCACAGGACCUUGGUGGACCAAGGGAGUUCGGCUGAUAUACUUUUUAAGCCCGCAUUCGACAAGUUGGGGUUGGAUGAAAGGGAGCUAAAAGCUUAUCCGGACACCCUGUAUGGACUAGGAGACAUGCCAAUUAAGCCACUGGGAUAUAUCCCCCUCCACACGACCUUCAGAAAGGGGAAAAAUUCCAAAACUCUGAGCAUCGACUUUAUCGUCAUAGAUGUCGGGUCGGCAUAUAACGCCUUAAUCGGCAGGACUACGUUAAAUCGGCUCGGAGCGGUGGUGUAA